AUGGCGAAGCUGAGAUCAGAGGCGUCGGAGAUGACCUGGAAAGUGAAGAUAGAAGAUGGCCGGAGACUCACUGAAGGUUGGAAAGAGUUUGCUCUUGCACAUGAUCUACGAGUUGGUGACAUUGUCGUUUUCAGACAAGAGAAAGACAUGUCUUUCCACGUGACACUGUUCGGACCCAGUUGUUGUGAGAUUCAAUAUGGAUCGGGUAUAGACCAAGACAACAACCUCGAGAAGAUUCAAGAGAAGAAGAACCCAAAAAGAGAAGAAGCAGAGUCCUCUUGUUUUGUGGCUAAUGUCAGACUGGAAAGCGAUGAAGAGAGCAACCACAUAAGCUCACAGGAACGUAUAGAUAGAGAAGAUAAAAAGGGUUUAACAUCCCAAAGCAGAUUUGUGACUUUGACUAUCAGAUAUUGGGACGUCAAAAACUCUAGACUGUAUCUUCCCAUGGCUUUCACGAAGGACAGUGGUAUCAAUGUGAAAACAAAAUUGGCUCUGCUGGAUAAAAACGAUGUGAAGUGGCCUACAGAUCUGAGGUCUGAGUACAAUGGUAAAAGAUUAAGAAUGAUAGGAGGCUGGAAAAAGUUCUUCAAAGCUAACUUUUUGAAGAUAGGUGAAUCGAUCAAGUUCAAGCUGAUUUGGGAUGGAAACACAAGUUGUGUCCUUAAGUUAUGCUCCUAG